AACCAAGGGAGAAAAUUGCAGUUCAGAAGAUAAGAAAAGCGGAUAACUCGAGAUAAAGCCACACCUUCUCCGUUACAAAACCCUAGCUUACUCACAGGGGUAGUAGAAGAAAUGGAGAAAUACUUUGGGAACGCGUACAGAGGAGACCCGGGGGUUCCUCAUUCGGGUCAAGAGAAGUUCCUGAGCAUAUGGAUCGGGUCAAUCGCUUUCUCAGCUAUCACUUGGUCACACCCUUACAUUUGGCAAACCUCCAAUCGUUACAAUUGGCAUGAUCACGCGAUGCUAUUUGAGCAAUACCAUUGGAAGAAGGCUCUGCAAAAGAAACAGAAAUAUAAAUUCUCGUGGAAUGAGAACUGGAGCAGAGCGGCUCGUGACUCAUACUACUUCAACUGGCCGGUUUACUUCCCAUAAGGUUUUGACCAUUGGUAGCAAAAGAAGCUCUAAGGAUUUAGUAAUAUGAUGGGGAUUCUGUUUAAAAGUUGUAAGCCAUGUGAGACUGGUCUGGCCACAAUUUGCUUAUAAAUUGAUAUUUCUGGAUUAUCAUGUUUAGAGUUUGUUCCUCUUUAACAUAUCAACAAGUGGUUGUAGAUA